AUGGUAAGGCUGGUAGAAGAGUCGGAGAAUAGAAAGAAACAAGAAGUAACUAGAGAAAUUUCUUUGCCCUCUCAAUCUUUAGCUGGAAUUGAGAUUGAUUAUUCUUCUAAGAAGAGAAAACCUAGCUUGUUACCUCUUGCUAGAGCAUUCAACAUGAAUACGAGAGCCCAAUUAGAUGAACAAAUUGCAAGAAUGUUCUACACCGAUGAUUUGCCCUUUAAUCUUGCUAGAAAUCCUCAUUAUCAUAGGGCUUUCACUUUUGCUGCAACUCACAAUAUUCCUGGUUAUGUUCCCCCUGGUUAUAAUAAAUUACGAACCACAUUGCUCCAACAAGAAAAAAAUAAUGUUGAGAAACUCUUGCAACCGAUUAAAGAAACAUUACAAGAAAAAAUGUUAACUAUUGUGUGUGAUGGUUGGAGUGAUCCAACAAGAAAGCAUCUCAUUAAUUUCAUGGCUACUUCUGGAAAUGGGCCUAUGUUUUUUAAAGUUGUGAAUUGUUUUGGUGAAGUCAAAGAUAAGUUUUUCAUUACUAAUUUGAUGAAAGAAGUGAUUGAUGAGGUUGGUCAUCAAAAUGUGGUGCAGAUUAUUACUGACAAUACAGCUAAUUGCAAGGGGGUAGGAGAGAUUAUUGAGAGCAUAUUUAGUCCUCUUAAGUUACUUUCAGUUGCCGAUACUCGUUUUGCUUCGAUCAUUGUGAUGCUUAAGAGAUUUAAGUUCAUCAAGAAGGGACUUCAAGCAAUGGUCAUUAGUGAUGAAUGGAAUUCUUAUAGGGAGAAUGACACGGUGAAAGCAAACUUUGUGAAAGAAAAGCUUGUGAGUGAUGAUUGGUGGGAUAAAGUAGCUUACAUCAUUGAUUUUAUAAAGCCCAUCUAUGACAUACUCAGACUAAGCGAGGAUUCUUGUAAAGUUGCUCCUCAUAGAGAUGGUGAAAUAUCUCGAGAGAUAAUGAAAUGUUUUCGUAGGUUAUUUUCAAACGAUGAAGAUUAUGAAAAAGUCUUGGAUGAAUUUACUUGUUUCUCACUUAAGCUCAUGCCUUUUGAAGAUUUGAUGUCUCUUACAAAGAGGUAUUCUUCGGAUCCGAAAAGUUGGUGGGCUAACUUUGGUGCCGAAAUUCCAUUGCUCCAAUCUUUGGCUUUCAAAGUGUUUGGACAACCUACUUCAUCCUCUUGUUGUGAAAAAAAUUGGAGCACUUACUCUUUUAUCCAUUCACUUAGGAGGAAUAAGUUAAAUCUGAGUCGCACAGAAGAUUUAGUUUACAUAAACUACAAUUUUCGUCUUUUAUCAAGGAGUUCUAGUCAAUAUGAGGAUGAGAAAACCAAGAUGUGGGAUGUUGGUGGAGAUGCUUUUGAUUCAUUGGGAGAUGUUGGAUAUUUAGAGUUUGUCGAACUCUCGUUUGACGAGCAGGAUUUAGAGAGCCAGUUAAUCUCGGAAGAUGUUAACAAUGUUUGGGUGCCUUAUGUUGUGAAUUUGACCAAUUCCAUGGAGCAAGACCUUGCUUUCGGUGAUGUUGUGGUGGAUGUCGCGGGCGAUGACUGUGGCCGGUGUUUUUCGGAGCUGAAGGAGGGUGGGGCAAGGAGGGUGAUGUUGAUGGUGGAGAUAGAAAAGAGGGGUAUUUGUGGCUUUGAUGUUGCCUUUACGCUGCAAUGA